CCAUAGCUGUAUACAUGUGGUAAUGAAACGUUAGGCUCACAGUAUGGUUCAGUUCAAACUGUAAUCGCAUUUAAUUUACAACUGCCUUGUUUCAUAUAGUUUCCCUGUGGUGCUUUAAAACCGUGCAAGAGUAUAUUGUCUGAAGUAAGCCAGUGAGUGUUCUUGCAAUCUGCACUGCACUGUCAUGCCCUCAAAUUAGUUUAUUAAAAUGUGCUGUGAUUAUCUGCACUUAAUCAAGUUGCAUUUCUGUUGGAAGAAUAUUGCAUUUAAUCGUUGAAACAUUUUGCUGAUUUAUUGUAACCUCGUUAGCUGUGCUUACUGUAUCAAGAACAGGGAGUACCUGUGUGUAGCAUCUUUGUCUUUGAUGCUUGCUGUGUGAAGGAAAUAUUUCUCCAUGAACUGUGUAACCAUGCACCACUGCAGGUUAUAUAAGUAAUGCUUUUUUCACUCUUUGCGUGAGAGGAAGUUGCCUUUGCUGUAAACUGCUCAGUAAAAAUCCUAAAAGGGCUCAACUUAUUGUGUCAGUUUUAUUUAAGGUACAACUACAGAGGGGAUUCAGUUUUUUCCCCCAACAAUUUCUCUUAUUUUUGUGCACAAAGAAGGAAUGCGACUAAAAAGAAAAAGAAAAAUGGUUGCAGUAGUUGAAGUGGAAGCCAUGCAGUAGGAAAAUGAGUGUUGUUGGAGGGUGAUAGGUCAGUAAAGACCCCUUUAAAUUUGAUUGACAAGACACAGAAUUGUUAAGGUGAACAGAGAAUCACAAAAGAAGAUGAAAAAAGAGAAUCAGAAGCUGACAUAAUUGAGUUUGAAGGAGAGGAAAAAGCAAAUGUUUUCUGGAUUUGUAAACUAAAAAUGUAAGUAUAUGCAUCAAAGCAUAAUUUGGAUAUGAGAGAUUUUACAUUUCAAGAUGUGCGCUUAAGAGCCAAUCAAUUUAAUCAAAAGUUUAAUUGUAGACAGUCUUGAGUUGAAGAAGUUUGUUGUUGAUAAGAAUGAGAAGACAGACAUUCUCUGCAUUCAGGGAAACUGGUUAAAACCACAUUUAGAUGCUGAUGUCAGUGGAUAUGUUGCUUCUAGGUAUGACAAAAAGAAAUCUUAUCCAUUUAGAGUGGAUAGGACAUAGAGUAUGUAGCAGUGGAAUUAUCAAUGCAUGAGAAUGGAUUUUAGAAUUAUGUGGAUUAUAAUUAAACAGAGGAUGAAGGAACAGCAGCAGAAGCAAUGAGAUGUGGAAAGAAAGGGUUGAUGGAAUGGAAUGCAAAGGAGAAGACAGAUGAAACAAUGAGAUGAAAUUUUAUCACAACUCAUGUUUGAACAUACAUUUCUGGACUAAGGAAGUAUGAUUUAAAUACAGCAAUAAACAAUAAUGACAGAACAGAGAAAUAGGGAAACGUAUAUUUGUCCAGCUUUUGUUUUUAUUUCUGAAAUUAUGUGGCUUGAUAGGGAGGAUAUUUUUACGGGAUGCAUUCAGUCCUGAGCCACUCCAGUCCAGUUGGUGGCGGUAAUUCACCAAAAUGUUAUUGACAAGCCGCCAAUAAACACUGAAAAGAAGAAGACGAGGAAGAAGAGGCGGACGUAGGAAUAAAGCUAGUUGGCUAAUUAGUUAACAUCUGAUCCUACAACGUCUUAGGACGUUCUUUCUGUUAGUUUGACAGAUCGGUGACUAGCUGUGUCAUUGCCACCAGUAUCGGUACUGAAGGAGGGUGAAGAAGGGUGUCAUAGAGCAUAACAUUCAAUCUGUAUUGACGUUUAUUUUGUUAGUGACAUUCACAGCCUCGCCCCAAACUGCUAACAGCUGGUCUCCUGGGACCCGCAAGUGCAACAGUUCAAGCAAGCUAGCUGUGCCUAGCAUCGUUAUAGAUGCACCUGAAGUGAUGCAGCUGAGGAUGGCAGGAUCCCUGUCCGAGCUUCCUCCAGAGCUAUGCUGCCGGCCCAUGGCCUUUGUAGCUCUAACUGGUCUGGAUGUGUUGUACAAUGCUGUACAUCGUGCUAUCUGGGAUGCCUUUUGUGCCAACCGUCGAGCAGAUAGGGUUCCUAUCUCUUUCAAAGUGCUUCCAGGAGACCAUGAAUACCCUAAAUGUCGCACAAAGCGAACAUCUUAUGAGUGGUACAUCCCCAAAGGCAUUUUGAAAACCGGUUGGAUGAAUAAACAUCUAAACCUGGUUCCAGCUCUGGUUGUUCUCUUUUAUGAACUGGACUGGGACGACCCACAGUGGAAAGAGAAACAAUCUGAAUGUGCCACUAAAGUGGAGAUUGUCAGGACUAGUCUUCAGGGUCGGAACACAAAAGUGGCUGUGGUUCUGAUUCAGAAAAAAACCCCUCUUCCUCCAGGAGAGGACCUAGUAGCAUCAGAGAGAGCACAGGCUCUUUGUAAUGCCUGCGAAUUGUCUGGGAAGAGUCUCUUUGUACUGCCACACACUGACCACCUAGUGGGAUACAUCAUAAGAUUGGAGAAUGCUUUCUAUGAACAUGCCCAGACGUAUUACUACACAGAGAUUCGACGGGUGAAAUCACACAAGGAAUUUCUUAACAAAACCACACACCAGCUGCUGUUUGUCAGACACCAGUUUAAAACUGGUUUCUUCAGUGAGCUGAAACAAGACUCUCAGAACGCUCUGAAGUACUACAAAACUGCAUACAGUCUCAUUCACGAGCUUAGAGCUCAUGAAACCAACAUACUGGAGAUCAAAACCAUUGCUGGAUUCAUCAACUACAAGAUCUGCCGUUUGUGUUUCCAGCAUAACACCCCCCUAGAUGCUAUAGCCCAGUUUAGGAAGCAUACUGAUCUGUGCAAGAAGAAGAUUGGCAAUGCUGAACUGGCCUUUGAGCACACUGCAUGGAUGUCUAAACAGUUCCAAUCCUUUGGUGAGCUUUUUGAUGAGGCAAUUAAGUUGGGUCUGACAGCCAUCCAGACCCAGAAUCCUGGCUUCUACUACCAACAAGCUGCCUGUUACAGCCAGGACAGGAAGCAUCUGGCGCAGCAGCUUUGUCAGCCUGGCAUGAUUUACCCCUCCCCUGACCCCCUGGAUCCCCAGACUGGAGGACUGGACUUCUACGGACAGAGGCCAUGGAGACAAGGACACCAGAGUAUUGAUCCUCCUAAUACAGAGAAGGAAAAGACAGGCAUUCUGGCCCUGCAGAUUAAAGAGAGAGAAGUUCCACACUCUGAGCUGAUAAUAGCUUUACUCAGUAAUGCUGUUGCCCAAUUUAAGAAGUACAAGUGCCCUCGAAUGAAAAGUCACCUCAUGGUGCAGAUGGGCGAGGAGUACUACCACGCUAAAGACUACACCAAAGCACUGAAGCUUUUGGACUACGUGAUGUGUGACUAUCGCACUGAGCGCUGGUGGGGCCUUCUGACAGCCAUACUGACCACAGCCCUGCGCUGUGCUUACCUGAUGGCCAGUGUAAAGGACUACAUCAUAUACUGCAUGGAACUUCUGGGCAGAGCUUCAACACUGAAGGAGGAGCAAAAGUCAAGGAUUGAGAAGAAUCUCAAUAAAGUCAUUAUGAAUGAGGUUCCCGAUCCUGAGCCACAGUGUGAUCAGUCUUCUCUCAAUGCAGCCAGAUCACUGUGGAGUGAUUGCAUGGCUUUAGCUGGAUUGAAUGAGUUGACUAUAGAAGUGCAGGACUACAUACCAUUCAUACAAUGCAAGGCCAGGUUCUGCUCUCCCAGUUUCCACCUGGACCAACCGAUCCAGCUCCAGGUGUUCCUCAGAACCAAUUGCCCCCACUCUGUAUCAUUUAACAAGCUGACUGUGAGCCUCAGUAACCAGGAGUAUAACCAGUGGUGUGUUAUGGAGUCAUCUGGUCAAGAGACCAUGAACUUAUUGCCAGGGAAAACCAAAUGCUACAACUUUACCUUCGUAGCAAAGACAGAAGACGUUGGCAAAAAGAUUGAGAUGACCGGUGUUGAGGUGAUGCUGGGCAGUGACCACAGUCGCUGUGUGUACCUUGGCUGGAGAGGGGCAGGUGGAGAUGCAGCAUCUACACAUGAAGCCCUGCAAGCCAGCAGGUCAUCACGGCGAUGCGGACGAAAUGUUGAGAUGCAGCAGGAGCUGGAAUGGGACAGCCUGACCCUACAGCAAAGCACCAUGAUUAUCUCCAGAGUCCCAAAGAUUUCUGUUCACCUGAACCACCAACCUCCAGCGCUUAAUAAUGAAAUCUACUGCAUCCAACUCACUGUCCAGUCACAGGAAGAGGGUGUGGCCAAAGAUGUUAAACUGACAACUGGCCUCAAACCAGGACAGGAUGCAAAUUUGGGCCAGACCACACACGUGAUACUUGAUGACGCAAAGGUUUGUGACGACACAGCACCUGCUCUGCUCCCUGACAUACUCCUGGGAGACCUGAAGUCUGGUGAAAAGUUAGAAAAAUGUGUGUAUGUAAGAUGCGUGUCUACAGGACCGAGGGUCUUUCUCUUCCAUGUGGCCUACAGCAUUGAAACCACAGUGGAAGGUCGACAGAUCAUCUGCAAAUGUCACAAGGAUGAGACUGUUACCGUAGAGACCUUGGUUCCAUUUGAAGUGUCUGUCAAAUUUUUAUCUACUAAGUUCGAACCGCUGGACCAGGUUGCAGUGGACAUCCCUUUUUUGUUGAUGACAGACAUCCUCUCUUCGUCUCCUUGGCCGCUUCUGCUGGUCUCCUCCUCUCUGCAGCUAGCGACUAUGGUCAGCAACACACCAAAGCUUCAGUCCCAGCUACAAGAAGUGGUUCUUCAGUCAGAUGAGUGUGCCAGUGAGUGUUUCUGUCUCCGCUGUCCACCACUGACCAACACAAAUACCACUGUGGCUACAGGACAGUACCUCAUAUCAUGGAAGAGGAAGUCAUCCAGUACAGACAGUCCUCUCAUCCAGACCACAGUCACUCUGCCUCACGUCAUCCUGGAGUCUGUCCCUCUCUACAUUCACGCUGAUUUGCCAUCCUUUGGUCGAGUCAGAGAAUCUCUCCCAGUUCGAUACCACAUAGAGAACAGAACAACUCUGGUGCAGGAUGUGGAGAUGACUGUAGAACCUUCUGAUGCCUUCAUGUUCUCUGGACUCAAACAGGUGCGUCUGCGCAUCCUCCCUGGCUCAGAGCAGCAGAUGCUGUAUAAUUACUAUCCUCUGAUGGCUGGUUACCAAACACUUCCACAGCUCAACAUCAGUUUGCCCCGCUGCCCCACCACCAGUGCACACACACUGAGACGAUUCCUGCCCCAGUGCAUCUUUGUCAAGCCUCAGGGUCGGCGGCUGGAUGACGCCUCCAUUGCUGCAGCUUGAGCAGACCACACACAAAUUCCUGUAAAUGGCAGAACAGAGCAGCAGGGUGUGUUUCUGUUGUUGUAGAUGCGUGGUUCCUCACAGACAAACACGUAACAAUUAAGAUUAUUUGUUUUGUAACCACACUAGGAAAGCACUCGUUGACCCAAUAUGUAGAAAAAUGUGCUUCCAGUGUUUCUGUGCAGUUAUGUGAAUGUGAUUACAUGGAGUAAGCAUUACAUGAGCUGACUGAAUGAAUUGAUUCACUGAAAUUUAUUUGACAGUGGAAAAUCAUUUCUUGAUCUGGUAAUAGAACAAUGUCAAUUAUGAGUAUUGGGGAUUGUACUCAGGCCCAGCCCUAACCAAUUUGGAACCCUAGGCGAGAUUUCACGUGGCUCCCUGUUGCAUUGCAGUUAAUUCUGCUACUGCUAGUGUAAAAAUAUAAAUUGCUUUAUAUAAAGUACCUACUAAUACUCCCAAAAUAAAGUGUAAACAAGUGACAUUGACUUAAAAUACAACAUAAAGUGACUUGUCUUUUUCUUUUUUUUACUGUAAGUCCUUCCCAGUUUGUACUCUUCCUUAGAUUGAAGUUUGCAGCAGAAGCAGUUAAAGCUACCAUAUUUUUUUAGAGUAUAUAAGCCAGGUUCAUCUGACUUUUUCUCCAUUGAAUAAAACUUAAAUAAAACUUGAAUAAAACUUUGUUAACUUA